AUGAAUCAAAAUACUUCAAUUACAGAUGUCGAUUUUGGUGGAUUAAAUUUCAAGGAGUUCAUUUAUGUUCUUGAGGAUGUCACAAAGGGGAAGUGUCCUGAUGUCUACUACUGUCUUGGGCAUAAGUCAAUGCGUGAUGGGUUGAGACCACUGAAAAAUGAUGAUGACUACAGGAGGUUUCUUGAUGCUGCACAUGGUAACAAAGGAAAGAUUAAUCUAUAUGUUGAUCACUACAAUGAUUCGGUGCUUGACUGGAUAGAGGAAGAAAAGGAAGAAGAAGGUGUUGAUAGUGAAAGCUCUGAUGAAGAUAAGGACUCGGUCAUGUCUGAUGCUCUAUCGGUUGAUCAUGAACCCGAUGAAGAGGUAAUGCCAUUGACUAAAUCCGAUGAUCCCUUUCUUAACUAUAUUAGUGUUGUCCCUAGAGAUGAUUUUGUUGAUGAGGAUGAUGAUUCAGAUAAUGAACCAAACAAGCUCCAAUUUAUCCGUUUCAUGACACAACUCAGAAAUGGGAUACAAUGCAACCCAUCCUUGGUAUGA